AUUUAUUUAGUAUAUUUAGGUUACAAUAUGCAUUACUUUAAUGACAACUUAUGUUUUAAAUACUGGAGGGCUAAUUUUUACAGUAGGAGUGUGCUAUUAGCAAAGGCCAUAAGACGGUUGAAUUGAGCUCGGAAAGGGAGGGGAGGAAAGCCGGAUGGAACCCUGUUGUCUUUCUAGGUCAGGGUUAGUCGGUACCGGUUAGACAGUGAAAGAGAAAAGGUCAACGCAGGAAUUUGGUAUUUCCCUGACUUCUCAAGAUGAAAGUACGGGCUCUAGGGCUUCUCUAGGCUGUGAAAGAAGCCCACGAGUCUUCCUGGCAUGCCCCUAAGUGGCAGUAGGUUUAGGAUGGAGGUGGCAGGACGGAGGCCCGUGGUACUCGCCCGCGCCCUCUGCACCCCUGUCCGGAGGCCAGGAUGGCCGCGCCCACCCUGGGUAAAUUUCAGGAGUGCCUGCCCGGGGCUGGAGAACUCCGUCAGGCUGUGCGAACCGGAUCCUGCGAAGAAGAUGGCAUUCCCUGUGGAUAUGCUGGAAAAUUGCAGCCAUGAGGAACUGGAAAAUUCUGCCGAAGAUUACAUGUCAGAUUUAAGGUGUGGGGACCCUGAAAAUCCAGAGUGUUUUUCUCUUCUCAAUAUUACGAUUCCUAUUAGCCUGUCAAAUGUAGGCUUUGUACCUCUUUAUGGUGGAGAUCAGACCCAGAAAAUUCUUGCUCUCUUUGCACCUGAGGAUUCACUGACAGCUGUUGCACUUUACCUUGCUGAUCAGUGGUGGGCUAUUGAUGAUAUUGUGAAAACAUCUGUUCCUUCAAGAGAGGGGCUUAAGCAGGUGAGCACUCUUGGGGAGAGAGUGGUUCUGUAUGUUCUGAAUCGAAUUAUUUAUAGAAAACAGGAAAUGGAGAGAAAUGAGAUCCCAUUCCUGUGUCAUAGCAGUACUGAUUACGCUAAGAUUCUGUGGAAGAAAGGAGAGGCCAUUGGGUUUUAUUCAGUUAAGCCUACAGGAAGUAUAUGUGCCUCUUUUCUUACCCAAAGUUACCAACUGCCAGUUCUCGAUACAAUGUUUCUAAGGAAGAAAUACAGAGGUAAAGAUUUUGGGCUUCACAUGCUGGAGGACUUUGUUGAUUCCUUUACAGAAGAGGCACUUGGCUUGCGGUAUCCACUAUGUUCUCUCAUGUACACAGCUUGCAAGCAGUAUUUUGAGAAGUAUCCAGGAGAUCAUGAACUCCUUUGGGAAGUUGAAGGUGUUGGACACUGGUACCAGCGAAUACCAGUCACCAGAGCAUUACAGAGAGAAACACUUAAAAUACCAGCAGUUUCUCAAAAUGAACCUAAAAGACCUAUGACUGGAGAAUAUGGUCCUGCAUCUGUUCCAGAAUAUGAAGCAGGAACUGAAGACAAUCAGUCUAGUGAGAUGCAGCUAACUAUUGAUUCUUUAAAAGAUGCCUUUGCAAGCACUUCUGAAGGUCAUGAUAAAACAUUUGUUUCCACUCGUACUCGAAGUAGUAAUCUAAAGCGGCCGAAGAUUGGAAAGCGGUUUCAGGAUUCUGAAUUUAGCAGUUCUCAAGGAGAAGAUGAAAAGGCUUCCCAGACUUCAUCUACAGCUUCAAUAAACAAAUUGGAGUCUACUGUGCGCACCUCAGACAGCCCAGAAGAAUUUCUGGAAGAAGAAUCCGAACAGAGAGGGAUUGAAUUUGAGGAUGAAAGCAGUGAUAAAGAUGCAUGGCCAGCACCAGAAACCCAGCCACAGCAAGAGAAGCAAGAUGGCGAAAAGGAAUCUGAAUUAGAGCCUAUGAAUGGUGAGAUAAUGGAUGAUUCUCUUAAAACCUCAGUUAUAACAGAAGAGGAAGACUCCACUAGUGAGGUUUUAGAUGAAGAAUUAAAAUUGCAGUCUUUUAAUUCCAGUGAAGACUCCACAAAUCUUAUUCCACUGGUGGUAGAAUCUUCAAAAGUCCCUGAAGCAGAUGCAUCAGAUAAGACCCCACAUACAGCUGACUCAGAAAUGAUGGAUGAAGGUACCUCUGAUGAAAAGGGGCACAGAGAAGAGAAACUGUCCCCACUUCCAAGAAAGAAAGCACAUCUUGGGAGUUCAGACAGUGUUGCUACUAUGUCAAAUGAAGAACGAUCUGAUGGUGGUUUUCCAAACUCUGUGAUAGCUGAAUUUUCUGAAGAACCAGUCUCUGAGAAUUUAUCUCCCAACACUACUUCCUCAUUGGAAGACCAGGGUGAGGAGGGGGUAUCUGAGCCCCAGGAAACAUCUACUGCUGUUCCUCAGAGUUCCUUGAUAGAGGUUGAACUUGAAGAUGUGCCAUUUGCACAGAAUGCAGGACAAAAGAACCAGUCAGAGGAGCAGUCUGAAGCAUCUUCUGAGCAACUGGAUCAGUUUACACAAUCAGCAGAAAAAGCUGUGGAUAGCAGCUCAGAGGAAAUAGAAGUUGAAGUGCCUGUGGUAGACAGGAGGAAUUUAAGAAGAAAGGCCAAAGGGCAUAAAGGACCUGCUAAGAAGAAAACUAAGUUGACCUGAAGGAAAAAGAAAUGCAGAUGAUAAACCAUCUUCUUUGUAACAUAAUUGUUGUUUUUAAAAUAUGGUAAUUAAUAAACAGCAUGGGGUACAGCACAAAAGUUUCCAAAAUUUCAAUUUGAACUUACUUACUAUGCAGUUUUUUGCUUCCCUUUAGAACAUAGAAUUCACCAUUCCUUUUAAUUUUUCAGGCUAUUUUUGGUAAAUCCAAUUUUUUUAUUUUUGUUAAUCAUGUUUCAAUUUUGGGAAACCAGAUCAUAUUAUAUUUUAUCAGGUGGUAUAUCUGACCAUUAUUUCAAAAAUGUAAUUAAAAAACUGAAAGUAGCAGCAUUUCCUUUACUUAAAAGGAUCACAAAAAUCUUUUAUACUAAAGGUUUUAAUAAAGUAAAACUUGGUGAGGGUUCUAGAAGUUUUAAAUUUCAAAACUAAUCACCAUUUUAAAAAAUGUUGGCAUGCCUAAACGAGUGUCAGUAAAUUAUAAUAAAUAUAACUUCAAGUAAACAAGAGCACAAAAACAAACUCUGGUCAAAGGUUCAUGAAGAUACUUUGGUUUUGGCCUCUAGUUUUUUCCCUUUGAUUUCAGUAUCUUUGGAAAGGUAUACGUAAACUGUUUCUGAUUCAUUCUAUCAUCUGAUGUUAACAGUAUCGUCAGGGAUUUAACUGUGGCAUGUGGGGACUAAUAAAAUUUAAAAUUUCAUUUGAAGUAUAGGUUUGCUAUAGUUUUCUUCUGUCUGCAUAUGUGCAGAUGCCUAGAAGUUUAGACUCCAGUUUCACCUUUAAUUAGGUAAAAAUCCCAACUAAUAUAAUUUAGGGACAUAGUUUAAUUUUGACUUCUGGCCUGAUCAAGAUUAAGCUGGAGAUUUUACUUUUAUCCCCACUCAGUUAAUAUGUAUAUUUCAGAAAUGUGAGGCUUCUUCCUGAGGCAUCUCUUUAAAAUCUUGCCACCUCCCUAAUUCUGCAGUCUUAUUUAUAUUUCCCAUAGUGUUCAUCCACGUCUUUCCAACUCAUGGAGUGAUUCUCCAAUCAACAGAGUUUCCUGCCUGCCGGCUUAUGCCCUUGAUGUCCAUUUUUGGGUAGGUUUGGAGGUACACCCCACAAUAUUAGACCUAUAUGGCAGGAGUAAAACUGCCCUGGGGAGCUAUAGUUACAAGGGCUUCAACCAGAAAUCAGAUUGGAGGCUUCAGUCAUCCUUCGAUUUGUUCUGAGUACUGGUUGCACACUAGCCUAUUAAGUAUAUGUUGUGUUAUCAUAGCAAAGGCCUGGGAAAAUUUGAAAAAAAAUCCCUGAACUGUUAGUUUUUGUAUAGUAAUUUAUUAAAAAAUGAACAAAAUGGUUCCUCUUAGAAUCCAAAGAUAAUCUCAGAACAAUUCUACUCUUUGGAAAUAUUACAUGUACUCACAUUUGCACUAAGUUGGAGAAUAUUUUGAGACCAUUUAGAUUGUUUUAAAAAUAGCUUGAUCUUGAUCCUUAUGUGAAAGAAACAUGACUUUGUCAUUAUUUGAGGUAGCUAAGGAUUGAUGUUGAAAGUUUAUUCACUUUAUAUAUAGUAAGCUGAUGUCACGUCAGCAAAUUUUGUUUUGGGAUAUUGGGGAUUUGAGAUUUUGGGAUUUUAAAUUAACUAAUUUUCAAUCUAAUUAGUUAAUUUAAAAUCUUUUAGCAGUCAAAAUAGUAAACCCUCCUAUUUGUGUUAGAUUUUGAACACUUGUAUUACCCUAUAUUUUCUUUAUUGGUCAGCGGUAAGCCAGAUUAUUUCAUUCUAAAUGAAAAUUAAAGCACUUUGGCCAUUUUCUUCAACAAACACUAAUAUUAAGUAAAAAAAACAAAAGUAUUAGUGAAUCUACCAAACAUUUAUGCUGUUUUAUACAUUUUAUGAGAAAUUCCUGUCAAUAUCAUAAAAGGAAAUGUCCUGUUAAGAUUCAGUAAAUUCUUAACCCUUACAGUUGUCAUUUCUUAGGUUAAAAACAACACUUUUAGAUAUUUUAUUUUUGCUUGGGUUUAAAACAUUUUCUUUUCAAAUUAAACAUGGAAUGCUUCAUGAAUUUGUGUGUCAUCCUUGCACAGGGUCCAUGCUAAUUUUACCUGCAUUAUUCCAAUUUUAGUAUAUGUGCUGCUGAAGUGAGCACCAAAAGACUUUCUUUCAACAGGUGUACUUUUUUAAAGACUGAGCUCACUGGGUCAACUCUUGAUGUGUGAAUAUAGUGGAGUUUACAAAAAAUGUUUAAUCAUAUAUGACCACUGGGGACUAACAGUAUAAAUUUCUUCUUGUUAAACUUGUUUGGAUUAAAUGGUGAAUUGUAGGCAAUUUAGAAGUUUUUUGUUCAGUAUACAGGAAGACUUAUGUUACAGAUGAUCUCUGACAGAAAAUGUUAUUUUGGGGUUUAUAGAUUUAUAGAGGGAAAAGUUAGAUCACAUGGAAAAACCUAACUCAUGUUCAGUAACUUGAGUAUAGAAUUUAUAACACAAUUUAUCUUCAAUAAGGAAUCUACACGAAAAAAUUUCACAAUUACAGAGGACUGAAAAUGUGAUUUCAACCAGCUAGCCUAGUUGUUGAAUGUCCAGUCACAUUAUACCUAGUCCUUUGUGAACUUAUUUGUGAAGGGAGUUCACUUUUUGUGUAUAUAUGUGUAUAUUUCCUUGUGUAAUAUAAAGCAGAUGGUUAUUAGCAAUAUUUUAGUUCUUUCAAGUUUAAAUUAUUCAAUUGCUAGACAUCACAGAAAUUAGUAUAUUUAAGAAUUUAUUACAAAGCUCCUCUACGACUUUUAAAGGUGAGAGGGUCUAUUAUGAUUUUUUAUAAAAUCAAAUAGCAUGAUUUAAAAUGUCAGUCUUCUACUUAAAAUGUGUCUAUAUUCAUGGUAUAUCCAUUCAGUGUAGAUGGUAAGGAAAACAUCUAGUCGUUGAAUAUUUACUUUUAGCAGACUCCAGAACACUACCUACAAUGGUUUCAGUGACUAGAAAUCUUGAAGGUUUUUAUGAUUGCAUCAAAUUGAACCUGUAAUAAUAUCUAAAUAUCUGCUCUUAUGUUCUGCUUGAUCCUUUGGGAUUACUUUCUAAGGUUUGGUCACACCAGCAAACUGAAACAGAUCUUAAUGUAAAUAAAGAAUUUAUACUAAUAUUACUCAUCUGUGUUACAGUAUUUUGGAAACAAGUUUCUGCCUUGUAUGUCCAUUAGUAGCAAUAUGAUGUUUCAGGUGUCAUCUAGUGUUUUAUGGGUGUGAUUAGUUACAAGUGUUAUGCUUAUGUUUUCAUACUCAAUAUCAAGCUUUCUUUGUACUUUACAAAAUAGCAAUUUAUUUUUGGUUCUACAAAAAACAAGCAAAUUUCAUUUUUGUAGUAUUCAGAAAUUACCUGGAGUCAGUUUUUUUUUUUUUUUUUCCCCACCUUCUUGAAGUUGUGAUCUACGCAUAACCCAUUUAUAUUAGUGGCAAAAUUACUUGCUAAAAUCUAAUUGUAAGAAAGGCUUAGCUUCUGUCAUCAAGUGAUUGUAUCAUCUUGGAUCAUCAUUUCCAAGGAACUAGCCUUUCUUUUUCUAAAUGUCUGUAUGUGUUCUAAAACCUCUAGUGUAUUUAUACAACUUAGAAAAAAUGUUAACAUUCAGAGUAGCAAGUCUUACUGAAGUAUUUUGUUUGUUUUCUUGGUAGUUUUUUUUUUUUAAAGUAAGUUUAAAAGUAGUAAUUAAACCUAUAUUUUAUAAUUGUUUCCUGGUCUGUGUUUUGAAAUUCUUUUCCUUCUGUUUUCCUCAUGAAGAUGUUUCAGAUACAGAAUUUGUUUAGACAGUGAAUGACUUCGUUAAAGGCACAAUUAAUCACAUUGGUUGUAUUCUGAAGACAGACUUUAAAAAAAUAAACAACUUAAAACAA